AUGAACAAUGAGCGUCCAUUUUCACCUCAAAAUUCUCUCAAAGUCAAUAAAGAAUCUCGUAAGAUCAUCAAGAACACGCCAUUGCCAAAACCGUUGAAACCGACCCAGCUGAUACGGGAUGGCAUGAUCUAUUCCGUGCCUCAAAGAGUCAUCAAUGUCUCUACCCAGAACUUCAAAGACGUUGUCCAAAGCCUCACCGGUAUAGAACAACCUACCGGGUUGAGUGAAGUUUCGCCUGCAGCAAGGCUUGCUUCGACUGAAAGAACGAGUUCGGAGAAGAAAGAAAGGUCUUCUUGGAGUAAUGCGGACGAUGACAUGAUGCGGAUGUUGGAUAAUGGGGUGCAAAUGAGUCCAUUUCCAGGAAUCUUAUCGCCAGAGCCGGCGAUAUUGCCGUCAUUUCAUUCUGAGAAUUUUUUACCGGCGACAUUGCCGCCGAUAACACCCUUGAAUUUGCCACAGACACCAUCAGAUAUUCUCACGCCCAACAAUUGGCCGCCGUUACCGUCUGAUUUUUUCUCGCAGAUAACGUGGCCACUCACACCAACCGAUACUUUCUUGCAAGACACAUUUCCGAUGAUUCCGUCAGGGUCUCGGACGCCUGAGACAUUACAACAAAAACCGAUCGGAGUUUUUUCACCGGUUUUAGGCCGGCACUCGCAGACGGUGUUGUCUUAUAAUGACGUUUGGCCGGAGAAUAACGCCUUUGUAAAACCGUCCGAAUUUUUUCCCCCUGAAGAUGGUUCGCCACGGUCGCCACCGAUCCAGUUCAAGCCUUUCAAUUACUGA